AUUAAUGACCACUGACUUGACCAGUACCAAAUUGUAGCGUGGUAUGCGACACAAGAUCUCAAGCUGGGAUAUAGAUCACACGGACAAGAGAGAGAAAAUUUAAAUUGUAUAACCUUUCGAACAAAAACAUAAUGUAGGCUAAAACAAAAUUCAAUUUGCGUAUUUGACAAGAUAUCCGCUAAAUCACUAUGAUUGUUAACGCACCUUUUGUAUAUGCUGUUAGCAUUUAUAGAUUUAGUAAUGUAUUAUUUUGUGAUUUCUAAUAACAUGGGGGAAAUGUGACAUGUUGGGCACCGAUUUAAGACACUCGAGACCGGUGCGAGCACCGCGCGUAACGGCAGUGGACACGAAGUCCAGCCUCGCUGCACAUCCCGGGAAUAUCUUGCUCUACCGACUCGCAGUUAAGACAUCACAUCUUCCACUCCUCACUAGACCUGACACAACAGCAUCAGUCUUUUGUGACCUUUUCCUUGUAAAGCGUGGCAAUAAGAAAUAUAUUUGUAACACGUUCAAAGCUCCACUCAACUACCGCAGCAGGUGGGUUUAUUUUACCGUAAAGGAAUAUUCAACCAAUGAUUAUUAGGUGCGUGGAUUAAGUUGCCAGGUGAAAUUAAACUGACGUCUAGACCUUCCGUUGGCUUGCUACGAUGCGGUGAUCCCGCGCGCACUUCCCACCCCAAUUUAGCCAAACUUCUCCCUAACAGAGUAAUAUGAGGUGAGUGAACAACUUCCAGGAUGUUUUCUGGUCAGGCUGACCUGAACUACACUUACAACUUUAGCGUCGACCCAGCGAACUUCCUGGACCAGGGAUGGAGCGACACACCGAAAGAAACCCUUUCCAGGACGGGCUUCAUCGUGCUCUCUGUGUUCCUCGGCUUGAUAAUGACAUUUGGCUUUGUCAACAAUUUCGUCGUACUCCUCCUCUUCUGCAAGUUCAAGACGCUGCGUACUCCGGUCAACAUGCUCCUGCUAAACAUCAGCGUGAGCGACAUGCUUGUAUGCUUGUUCGGCACCACGCUGAGCUUCACCUCCAGCAUAAAGGGAAAGUGGAUCCUGGGCCGAAACGGCUGCUUGUGGUACGGCUUCAUCAACUCCUGCUUCGGUAUCGUGUCUUUGAUCUCUCUGGUGGUCUUGUCCUAUGACCGCUACAGCACUCUCACCGUGUACAACAAGCGAGGACCCGACUACCGCAAGCCCCUGCUGGCCGUUGGGGGCUCUUGGCUCUACUCCAUCCUCUGGACGGUACCCCCCCUGCUGGGGUGGAGUAGCUACGACCUGGAGGGGGCCGGGACCAGCUGCUCCGUCUCCUGGACACUGAGGACGGCCCAGUCGCACGCCUACAUCAUCUGCCUGUUCAUCUUCUGCCUGGGCCUGCCAAUCAUCAUCAUGGUCUACUGCUACUGUCGCCUGCUGUGGGCCGUCAAACAGGUGGGGAAGAUCCGGAAGACGGCGGCGCGGCGCCGGGAGUACCACAUCCUGUUCAUGGUGCUCACCACGGUGGUGUGUUACCUGCUGUGCUGGAUGCCGUACGGCGUGGUCGCCAUGAUGGCCACGUUCGGCCAGCCCGGCAUCGUCACCCCGGUGGGCGCUGUGGUGCCGUCACUCCUGGCCAAGAGCAGCACCGUCAUCAACCCACUCAUCUACAUCCUCAUGAACAAACAGUUCCACAGGUGUUUCCUGAUUCUUUUCCGGUGUGAGCGGCGCUCCGCGGAGAACGGACACUCCUCCGUGCCCUCCAGGACCACGGGGAUCCAGCUCAACCGCCGCGUCUGCAGCAACACGGUGGCAUGCACCGCCCAGAUCUCCACCGGGAUCCAGAAAAAUGUCUGCCGCAUGCCGGCUGGCGAGCGCUCAUGAGCUACAGAAAGACGGCCACGGCCGUGGUUCUCCAACACCAAUCUACACAACCCCUCACGGUCUUGUCUGCCCAACACAGCAAUUUGUGUACUGAACCACAGCGUUCUUCCGGUAUGUGUGUGAGUGUUGCUACGCGUUUCCAGUCGUGUCCGUUCUCCCUCUAUGUGCCCGUCUUGGUGUGCCGUGGGUGUAAAUAACCUAAGGGCGUACCGCGGUCAAAUCUGUCAAUCAUCACCCCGCAAACACACCCUCCCACCGUGACUGCCAAUCGGCCGGCCCCAUUGCUGUUCUGGGAUGACCCCUCCCCAACGUAUGGCACUGCACAUCCUCUGGAAGGAAGGGGAAGAGGUUCCAUUUGGGACGUCACAAACUAAAGUGCUGAUCAACACUAAACAUGUGGUUCAAGAGAACUAGUACUUCAUAAUGUGGGAAACGGACCCUUUACUACUCCAGACUCUGGUGUCGACACUGAGAGAUUCAAGACUACAUAAGAACAGACUGGGAAUGGGAGUUUGGCCAGAGCUCACAGCAUUUUCUUUCUUUCUUUUUGCUGAGAGAAUUGGCUUAAUGCUCAUGUGUGAUGUUUGGGAUACCCCCUUGCCCCCAUGUCCCCUCAUACAGACCAAUAUACAACACAGAAUGCGGGAAUAAAAAUGUGACGUUUUGUCUCUGUGAGUUCUGUUUGUGAUGUUUAAUUUCACAAACAUCUAGUGAGCUAAACCAAAAGACAGAUUAAACUAGAAAUGGAAUGUCUCCCUGUAAUGCACCACAUUACCUAAACAAUAUGGAAUGUCUCCCUGUAAUGCACCACAUUACCUAAACAAUAUGGAAUGUCUCCCUGUAAUGCACCACAUUACCUAAACAAUAUGGAAUGUCUCCCUGUAAUGCACCACAUUACCUAAACAAUAUGGAAUGUCUCCCUGUAAUGCACCACAUUACCUAAACAAUAUGGAAUGUCUCCCUGUAAUGCACCAUAUUACCUAAACAAUAUGGAAUGUCUCCCUGUAAUGCACCACAUUACCUAAACAAUAUGGAAUGUCUCCCUGUAAUGCACCACAUUACCUAAACAAUAUGGAAUGUCUCCCUGUAAUGCACCACAUUACCUAAACAAUAUGGAAUGUCUCCCUGUAAUGCACCACAUUACCUAAACAAUAUGGAAUGUCUCCCUGUAAUGCACCACAUUACCUAAACAAUAUGGAAUGUCUCCCUGUAAUGCACCACAUUACCUAAACAAUAUGGAAUGUCUCCCUGUAAUGCACCACAUUACCUAAACAAUAUGGAAUGUCUCCCUGUAAUGCACCACAUUACCUAAACAAUAUGGAAUAUCUCCCUGUAAUGCACCACAUUACCUAAACAAUAUGGAAUGUCUCCCUGUAAUGCACUAGAUUACCUAAACAAUAUGGAUGUCCCCCUGUAAUACACCGCCACACUACAUUACCUAAACAAUAUGGAUGUCCCCCUGUACUGUAAAACCUGUUUAAAGGGCACUGGCUGGGUAACAGUUAAAGAUGUAACAACUUCCUACGUCUCUUAAAAACCCACAUUGGAAUAUCUUCCCUCCGCCCCAACCACGCCCACUCUCACCGACCACACCCAUUCAGCUAACCGACCACGCCCGCCCACCCACCUCACCUAUGAACCCUGAGGAGGGCGGGUUGGGCUGGAUGGUCUCCUUGGUGUUCCCCUGGAUGAUGUCCCAGAGCUGCCACACGUAUUUGGGGUGGAGGAUGUAGAAGGGCUGGGCCGGGUGGUGCUUACGGUGCUCCUCGUACGGACUGAACAGGUUGUAGUCCGGGCUGGCGUACCACUGUCAGGGCAUGAGAGGGGGCAAUGGUCAGCCACCGAGAAGGAGACAGGCGGGAAGACAGGCGGGAAGACAGGCGGG